AGUUCAAGGUUGUCCUUACUCCGGUGAGCUGAAUAAAACAAACCAUGCCCAUAACAAACCUCAGAUAGAGUGCAGACAGAACUACAGUGCACAGAACAUUAUAAGUGGUGAACGAUUGAGACAACUUCAAGGAACAGCCUAGUGACUCACUCAGUUGCAAUACAAGUCUGUAAACACUGCGUCUUUAGAAUCAAGUUACCUCUAGAUCUCCCAAGAGCAGACCUCCAAAAGCUCAGAAAUGGCCCUGACUUUAGGCCCUGAGUCAUCAUUUCGAGAGUAUUUCAAUGACAACUGGGUGUGGGAUGGUAGUUCCAAACCCCCUGAAGUCCAGUUGUCUUCAAAUUUUGAAGAUGCAUACUUCUACAUCGACCCUGUCAUUCAAAGCACAGGAACAGUAGCUGUCCGAGGAAAUAAAGGUUUUGCAGAUGGCGAGCACUACUGGGAGAUUCUCUUCCUAGAGCCACCAAUUGGAACAUCAGUGAUGGUUGGUGUAGGCACACAGAAAGCAGUCCUGAGGUCUAACUUGUACCAAUAUGUGAAUCUAAUAGGUCAAGAUCAAGAAAGUUGGGGCUUGUCCUACAAAGGUAAAAUCUGGCACAACGGAGUCAGUAAGGAAUAUUGUGAUCCCUUCUUUGAUACGACAACUGUGAUUGGUGUUCUCCUCAACAUGUACAAGGGUACCCUGACAUUUUACAAGAAUGGUGUCAGUUUAGGAGAAGCUUUCACUGGACUGAACACAAAAUGUGAGCCACUCUACCCUCUCAUCAGCUCCACAGCUACUGAAACCGAACUUGGCCUUGGAGUUCGGACAUGCAGAUAUCUGACGCUCCAGGAGAAGUGUUUUUCCAUGAUUCGCAGCAGUUUGAAAAACAUUGACAACGUAGAUAAUUUGCCUCUGCCAAAUCUCAUGAAAAACCACAUUCGUGAGUUGUAGCAAAUUAUGGAAAUCAUUUCAACUGGUAAGUGUAAGACUCCGCCAUACACCUUUUUGAAAAGUGACAUAUGACGGAGUCUCACACUGAGCAGUCGAUUUUUCUUGCUGCUGAAUUUGCGUUUUCUGUGAUCUUUGACCUGGCUGGCUACCCCUGAGAUGUGCACAGGUUAAACCCCUAUCUCAGGGUAUGAUUGUCAGUGGUUCAAGCAUAAGAAUGGAAUGAUGCUCUUCUACAUUAUGUAUGGCACAUGAAAUGUCACAUUUCUGUGCAAUAAGAAUUUCAAUUUUGAGAGUUGCAGGUCUCUAUAACAAUAAUUUAAGCUUGAAAAACACUAAGGGGAUCUAUUUGCACAGAAACCUUUAGUCUGUUUCCAGUUUAUGAAAGGACAAAAUGCCUAACCAUCUUUUUAAAGACAAAGAUGGAUGAGAAAGAGCACUUAAGGUUGAUCUCAAGGUACUUUUGCACACUCUGAAGGCAAUAGUUGUGUUGUCAAGUAUUACAAGCCUUUGUUUAUUUUAAAGCUUUCUUACCAUCUUGAGUACUGAGCAAUUGUAGUCAUUCUUACAACUACUCUAGCAUUGAAAUAAGAGCUUGUCUUUGUUGUAGACAGCCAUUUUUCUGCAAUUUGUUUAAUGUGCUGUAAAUAUACUCUACCAUUUCAGUCUAAUGACACAUUCCUGCUUUGAUAUUACUUUUUUUAAAUUGUCAGCUGUCGGAUAGACACUAUGCAAAUAACAUUUUAUAUAAUUAUCUGAUUGCAAUCUUGUUCACCUUUUUCACACCUCCUGACUCCUGUUGUAAAAACGUAUGUAUAUAUAAUGUAUAUAUUUGUAGAUACUCAUAUGCUUGUAUGUGGUGAAAUAAGUGGAAUAUAAGGCGGUAUACAGAAUAGAAGUUUCAUGUAACUGCUUAUACUGUUGAUAUUUUUUUUAUUGUUUUGAUUUUUGGAGGGCAGUGACUAGUGCGUAGAGCAUUGUCCUUUCUUUCAGUCUAUUGACAUGACAGAUCUCAUCAAGUGCUAAAUUCUCGUCAAAAUGCAGAUGAUCACUUCCAAUACAUCUUCUUUAUUUGUUAUUAAGCUGUUAAAAGUAAUGACCUAUUUUUUCUUUUUUUUUAAAGUUGGAGCAUUGUCCUAUGUUUUCCUGAAUUCUUGUAUUUUGUUUUUGGAAUACGAGUCUUAAACUAUUUUACUUUUUGUUUAUUAUGCACAUUUGAACUUCAUGUAGGCCUACACAAACACUAUAGGGUGAGACUGCAUGUGGAAGUCCUCGGUUUCAGGAAAUCUACACUCAAGUUCAUUCAGGUGUGGGUCUUGGAUCAUAGGAUCACAAUGUUCACUCUGCCGUGUCAAAGCAAAGUGAUGUAUUUGACAAAGUCAAGUUUUGUUGGUUUGUUAGUUUGUUAAUGAGAGUACUCUUGCCCAUAUAUAUACUUCUUGUGUCAAAGGCAGGACAACAUAUCUUUAUCUGAAAUAGUAGUUUUCAAAGUGGUUAAGCUACGUGACUGAUCUCAACAAUCCUAUUGUGGAUGGUAGAAUGACAUGCAUGUUUCUACAUGUUUGUUCCACCAUGUUUAGAACUAUUCAUAACUUUAGACAGGCUAAGUUUCAAAAGUUUUUAUAAUUUUUUUCAAAAUUAUUAAAUCUGCAGUUCCAUUGCUCUCCCUUUUGAUGGCAGCAUCGUCUUAUCUGGUUCACAGCUCUUUGUUGCUGUAAAGCGCUGGGUUCUAAUAAUAUUUGGGUGUAUGUCAAUGCAUUUGCAGUAGAAUCUAUAUAUAUAUGUAAAGCAGAUGUCUUCUUGUGAACAGAAAAAAA